CUGCAUGUAGCUGCUCCUCUCAUUUCCUCUUGUACCUGUAUAGUUCAGCACCUUCCUCCUGCUCUGUCUGUGCUCAGCUCACACUGCAAUGCUAGAAUGGGCUGCGUCCAUAGGCACCUUCUGUCUGCUGCUCCUGUGGUCCUGUAAAAGGUGGCUGAGUGCCAGGCUCCAGGGGAGUGUGGAAGAGUUGGAAGAAGGAUACCGGUUCGUUUACAAACCUUCUGCUCUGGCCAAUUACCUGGUGCAGCGGUGCAGGACUUUCCAUGGGUUUGGGAGAGCACGUUGGAUCUGGAAGACUUUCCCAACUCUACAGACUUUGGUUGGACUCCUGGGCCCAGUGGAUAAGGGGGUGCAUUUCAUCAGGGAGUACCUGCAGAUGAGUGAUGAAGGGCUGGUGGCCUUGGACUGGGCGGUCAAACCGGGGCAGCCCCAGAGGAGGAGGAGAGCGUCCAGUAACUCCACUGUGCCCAUACUCAUUGUGGUUCCCAACUCUUACGGCAAGAUCACUAGGAACACCAGCAAGAUGUGCCACUUGGCCCUGACCCAUGGCUACCAGGCAGUGAUCUUUAACCGUCGCAGCCACAAUGGUUGUCCUCUCAGUACAGUCAAGUUGCAGCAAUAUGGUGACCCAAAUGACCUGAGGGAAGUUAUUCAAUACAUCCGUCACUGUCAGCCUUCAUCUCGUCUGUUUGCAGCAGGAGAGGGUACUGGUUCUGGCCUUCUUUUAUCUUACCUUGGAGAAUGUGGCUCGUCCAGCUAUAUUGCAGCUGCCUGCUGUAUCUCUCCACUUUUUCGCAUGCAGGACUGGUUUGAAGGUGGCUGCCCUUGGCUGUGGAAGGAGAUUCUACUCUUAUACCAGAAGAUGCAUCUAAGCAGAUACACUUCCGCCUUAGGACAGACCAUUAAUACUGACAGACUACUGGGGAGUAGGACCUUGAAAGAGCUAGAGGAGGUUCUUUUUUGUCAGACCAAGGCUUUAAAUAGUUUGACCUGGGAUUCCUACUGGGAGAGAAAUGAUCCAUUGCGAGAUAUUGAUGAAGUUGCUGUACCAGUCCUCUGCAUAUGUAGCCAAGAUGAUCCGGUCCGUGGGGGAACACAAACAACUGUGCCUUUUGAGUUGUUUGAGACAAAUCCACACUUUUUUCUUCUGCUGACUCAACAUGGUGGCCACUGUGGAUUUAUUAAAGAAGAUCUUUCCAGUACAAUGUGGAGUCAUAGCGUCCUCCUAGAUUUCUUUAAGUCCACUGUAGAUUUUUUUACAGUAGAAGAAAGACUAAAAACCCUCUCUAAGAGAAAAGGAACAAUUUCCAUCUCUGGCAACAGAACACCUCGCUGUGCAUUGUCCUGUAGAAGGGAGCAAAGCUGUCCUCAUAACAUCCAUGAAAUAUAUAAUUGGCAGAGAUCCUACACCAGAUGAUAGAAAACCUUGAAAUAUUCUUACUGUACAGGACAUCACCAAUCUGUCGCUUUAAAUCCCAGAAUUCUCAGCCGUUAGGUGCUGUGAGACACCAUUUGGACACCUUGGUCUUUAGCAAUGUGACUGAACAUGAAAAUAGAUGCAUUUCACAAUAGCUACAAAAAAAUUGGAUUAUGUUUUUGUAUGAGCAUCAAAUGUACAAGUAAACCUUUCAGAAAAUGCAAUAUUAAGCUUUAAAAAGAGGCAUUGUGGCUUUUGUUAUUGCUGUGAAGAGUCACACUGGUACCACCUUAAUUAUUAUGAUGAAAAAUACAAAAUAAAACAAUUUUCAUACACA